UUAGGAAUGUCCGCUCAAAUGCGAUCGUUUUUCACGCGCAGAACCCACUUCCAGGGGAGAGUGGAUGCAGCUAAUCGUAAGUCCGGCCUUGGGAAACAAUCACAGCAGAAUGGACUGAUGUACGAAGGCGAAUGGAGGAACGGCCUGAGACACGGUUAUGGAAUUGUGUACAAAAAAGUCGAAAGCACUGAACUGUACAAAAAAGUCUACGUCGGACAUUGGGUGGAUGGAAUGAAGCAUGGUUUGGGCAUAAAAUACUUCAGCAAAGGUAAAUAUCUCGGAGACUGGCGGAAAGGUCAACGCAGUGGGCGAGGAUUUAUGUGGUUCGAUAGCGGACAGUUUUAUAUGGGACAGUGGCAAAACGAUCGAUUCGGAGGUCAGGGAGUAUUUCUGGAGGCCAGCGGCAAUAGAUUCCAUGGUUCUUUCAAGAAUGGCUUGAAGCACGGCGAAGGUGUAUAUCUGCACUCCCGAACCGGACAAAUUCAGCGAGGUAUUUGGGAAGACGGUAUUUUUAAGAUGGGAACACUUGAGGACUGGAAUAGAAACCAAGUACUGGAACCCACUAUCUAUCCCACUCCAGAGUUAAAAUUAGCCAAUUUUCCCGAAGUUUAUCAAGAAUGGAUGGCGAAAUAUUCCGAAUUAUAUCCACGAGAAACAACAUCAAUAGGAGAAAUAUCAGUAAUAAAAUGUAACGCAGAAUCGGUUUUCAUGUGAACAAUGUGUGUACAAAUGGUUAAACACCGUGUCAAA